AACUCUUGUGUAGAGGGAGACGUGUAACAUGACAACUUGCGGGAGGAGACCGAUCCGAGGACUCGUUUAAAGACGACACAACCAUGAUGAGACCCGGAGGGGGGAGCGAGGCGACCCGCCGCAACACAACAUGACUCAGCUUCAAACUAGCGGUGAUCACCACUCGUGUGGAUCCGAGAGACGGGUCACAAACCGGGGAUGAACCUCCUGUGAAGACCUGCUUCCUUCAACUCGGGUGAUCGGACGUGUCAUUGAUGCAAAGUGUUGAAUUAUGGCGACGACUCCUGUGCAGCCGGAGACCAGGAGGUUUACGCGUGGUCUGGGUAAACCUGGCACCGCGGCCGGGCUCCGGCAGAGUGUCUCCGAGGUGGUGAGGACGUCCGUGCUGAUCGUGAAACCCAAGGUGAUCGAGCCGCUGGACUAUGAAAGUGUGCUGGUGCAAAGAAAGACACAGAUCCUCAGCGAUGUCCUCCGAGACAUGCUGCAGUUCCCCCUGGAGGACUUCGAGAUUUCGACUCUGAGGAGGCAGGGGAGAACGCUCUACCCCACAGUGCCUGAAAAUGCAGAAAGAGGAGCCCAGAGUUUGUUUGUCCAAGAGUGCAUCAAGACCUACAAGUCUGACUGGCACGUGGUCAACUACAAAUAUGAGGAUUAUUCAGGAGACUUUCGACAGCUUCCACACAAAGUAUCGCGGCCUGACAAGCUGGCGGUCCAUGUGUUUGAAGUGGACGAGGAUGUUGACAAAGAUGAGGACACGGCCUCCCUAGGGUCCCAGAAAGGUGGGAUCACCAAACAUGGCUGGCUGUAUAAAGGCAACAUGAACAGUGCCAUCAGCGUCACCAUGAGGUCCUUCAAGAGGAGGUAUUUCCACCUGACCCAGCUCGGGGACAGCUCGUACAAUUUAAACUUCUACAAGGAUGAGAAGAUCUCCAAAGAGCCCAAAGGAACCAUCUUCUUGGACUCCUGCAUGGGUGUGGUUCAGAACACCAAGGUUCGGAAGUUUGCAUUCGAGCUGAAGAUGCAGGAUAAGAGCACCUACCUGCUGGCUUCGGACAGCGAGGGAGAGAUGGAGGACUGGAUGAACACCUUCAACAAGAUACUGCACAGCAGCUUUGAAAUCGCCAUGCAGGAGAAGCGGAAUGGAGACGUUCACGAUGAUGAUGAUCUUGGAAAGUCAGACAGCUCCUCUGGCAGCAUGGACAGCUUUCAGAGCACCAGAGAGAUAGAGUCCAGGAUGAGGAACGAGACCAGAUUGAAGCUGUUCACCCUGGACCCUGACACACAGAAGCUAGAUUUCUCAGGAAUAGAACUGGAUGUGAAGACUUUUGAGGAGAAGUUUGGCAAACGGAUUCUGGUGAACUGCAACGACCUCUCGUUCAAUCUGCAAAGCUGCGUGGCCGAAAACGAAGAAGGGCCGACGACCAACGUGGAGCCCUUCUACGUCACUCUCUCACUGUUUGAUAUCCAGAAUGGGAGGAAGAUAUCCUCUGACUUCCAGGUGGACUUGAACCACCCGUCUGUGCGGGGCUUGGUGCCCAGUAACAUCAGCCAGUACAUGAACGGAGGAGGGGACGCCCACCCUGAGGGGCCCCGGUUGGUCCAUGGGGUGCCGGAGGCAGCCAUGCAGUAUCCCAAACAGGGGGUGUUCUCAGUAACAUGUCCUCACCCAGAUAUCUUCCUGGUGGCUCGUAUAGAGAAGGUGCUUCAGGGGGGAAUCAACCACUGUGCUGAGCCGUACAUGAAGAGUUCAGACUCCACCAAGGUUGCACAGAAGGUCCUGAAAAAUGCCAAGCUGGCAUGUAGCCGGUUAGGCCAGUACAAGAUGCCUUUUGCCUGGGCAGCAAGGCCUUUGUUCAAAGACGCUUCAGGGACACUUGACAAAAGUGCCCGUUUCUCAGCUCUGUACCGACAGGACAGCAACAAGCUGUCCAAUGACGAUAUGCUCAAGCUGCUGGCUGACUUCAGAAAGCCAGAGAAGAUGGCCAAGCUGCCUGUUAUCCUCGGAAAUCUUGAUGUUACCAUCGACAGCGUAGCCCCUGACUUGACAAAUUGUGUUACCUCAUCCUACAUUCCUGUGAAGCAGUUUGAAGUCGGCGAGAAGAACAGCGUCUUCUUUGAAGUGGAGGAGUUUGUGCCGUAUAUAGCCAAAUGUUCUCAGCCUUUCACCAUCUACAACAAUCACCUCUACGUCUACCCGAAGCACUUGAAGUAUGACGGCCAGAAGUCAUUCGCAAAGGCUCGAAACAUCGCUGUCUGCAUUGAGUUCAAGGACUCCGAUGAAGAAGAGGCUGUUUCACUGAAGUGCAUCUACGGUCGACCUGGAGGACCAUUGUUUACCAAGAAUGCCUUUGCUGCCGUCCUGCAUCACCAGCACAACCCUGAAUUUUAUGAUGAGUUCAAGAUUGAGCUGCCAACGCAGCUCCAUGAGAAACACCACCUGCUCUUUACCCUCUACCACGUCAGCUGUGAGAACAACAGCAAGGCCAGCACCAAAAAGAGAGAACUGGUUGAGACACAAGUGGGUUACGCCUGGCUCCCCUUGCUGAAGGACGGCCGGGUGAUCAUGAACGAGAGUCAGAUCCCUGUGGCUGCCAACCUGCCGGCUGGAUACCUCAGCAGUCAGGAGGGAGCUGGCAAGCAUGGUUCAGGUCCUGAAGUCAAGUGGGUGGAUGGAGGGAAGCCUUUGUUCAAGGUGUCUGCUCACCUUGUUUCCACUGUCUACACUCAGGAUCAACAUUUACACAACUUCUUUCAUCACUGUCAGAGCGUCACGUCUGAAGCGCAGGUGCCAGGAGGAGAGCUGGUCAAAUACCUGAAGAGUCUGCACGCCAUGGAGAGUCAUGUGAUGAUCAAGUUCCUGCCCACCACCCUGAAUCAGCUGUUCAGGGUGCUCACCAGCGCCACCCAAGAGGACGUGGCAGUCAACGUCACCAGAGUCAUGAUUCACAUUGUUGCCCAGUGCCAUGAGGAGGGAUUGGAACAUUAUCUGAGAUCAUACGUGAAGUUUGUAUUCAAGACUGAGCCGUACACGUCGUCCACCACCCGGUUAGUGCACGAGGAGCUGGCCAAAGCCAUGACCGCCAUCCUGAAGCCUUCCACUGACUUCCUCACGAGCAACAAACUGCUGAAGUACUCCUGGUAUUUCUUUGAAGCCUUGGGGAAGUCCAUGGCUCAGUACCUGAUUGAGAGCUGUAAAGUGAAGUUGUCCAGGAAUCAGCGCUUCUCUGCAUCUUUCCAUCACACGGUGGAGACAUUGGUCAACAUGAUGAUGCCGCACAUCACACAGAAGUACAAAGACAACCUUGAUGCCGCCAGGAACGCCAACCACAGUCUGGCCGUCUUCAUCAAGCGUUGUAUCAACCUGAUGGACAGAGGCUUUGUGUUCAAGCAGAUCAACAACUACAUCAACGGUUUCAUGCCUGGAGACCCAAAAACGCUGUUUGAGUUCAAGUUUGAGUUCCUGCGUGUCGUGUGCAACCAUGAGCACUACGUCCCCUUAAACCUGCCCAUGCCGUUUGGAAAGGGAAGGAUACUCAGAUUUCAAGACCUUCAGCUGGAUUACUCGCUGACAGACGACUUCUGUAAGAACCACUUCCUGGUCGGGCUGCUGCUCAGAGAGGUCGGUGCAGCUCUGCAGGAGUUCAGGGAGAUUCGUCAGGUUUCCAUCCAGGUGUUGAAGAACCUGAUGGUCAAACACACGUUUGACGACCGCUACACCUCCAAGAGCCAACAGGCCAGGAUGGCCACCUUGUACUUGCCCUUGUUUGGUCUUCUCCAAGAGAACGUGAACAGGCUGAAUGUGAAGGAAGUAACUCCCUUCACCAUCAACCACUCCAACAAUAACGGAAGAGAAGAUUCAAUCUACACCAACGUGUUGAUGACGCCUCCCAGGUCCAGCACCUUCCUGGACACCAGCUUACACAAAGAUGUGUUUGGAGUCAUCUCAGGCACCGCUUCCCCUCACACGUCAUCUACCCCCAACAUCAGCUCUGUGCGCCACGCGGACUCCCGCGGCUCCCUCAUCAGCACCGACUCCACCAGCAGCCUGCAUGAGAAGAGCAUGGAAAAGGGAAACUCUCUGGAAAAGAACCAGACUCCCUCCACCCUGGGCAGCCCCCUGCUGCGAUGUGACAAACUGGACCAGGCGGAGAUCAAGAGCCUCCUCAUGUGUUUCUUACAUGUGCUUAAAAGCAUGUCUGAGGAUGCUCUGUUCACUUACUGGAACAAGGCCUCAUCUGCCGAGCUAAUGGACUUCUUCACUCUAGUCGAAGUUUGCCUCCAUCAGUUCAGAUACAUGGGGAAGAGAUACAUCGCAAGGAACCAGGAAGGGGCAGGACCCGUAGCUCAUGAGCGGAAGUCUCAGACUCUGCCCGUGUCCCGUAACAGGGCAGGAAUGAUGCAUGCCCGCUUACAGCAGCUCAGCAGCCUGGAUAACGCAUACACUUUUAACCACACCUACAGUCACUCGGAUGCUGACGUGUUGAAUCAGUCGUUGCUGGAGGCCAACAUCGCCACUGAGGUCUGCCUGACUGUCCUGGACACCCUCAGUAUCUUCAUCAUGGGUUUCAAGACUCAGCUGUGCUCGGACCACGGCCACAGUCCACUGAUGAAGAAGGUGUUUGAAGUCCAUCUCUGUUUCCUGCGAAUCAACCAAUCAGAAACGGCCCUCAAGCAGGUCUUCACCUCCCUGCGCACCUUCAUCUACAAGUUUCCCUGCACAUUCUUCGAAGGCCGCUCUGACAUGUGUGCCGCGUUCUGCUACGAGAUCUUGAAGUGUUGUAACUCCAAGCUGAGCUCCAUCCGCAGCGACGCAGCCCAUCUGCUGUACUUCCUCAUGAAGAGCAACUUUGACUACACGGGUCGCAAAUCCUUCGUCCGGACGCACUUGCAGGUGGUGAUCGCUGUCAGUCAGCUGAUUGCUGACGUAAUUGGGAUUGGAAGUACCCGCUUCCAGCAGUCUCUGUCAGUCAUCAACACCUGCGCCAACAGUGACAAGACUAUUAAGAACACGGCGUUCCCGUCGGAUGUGAAGGACCUGACCAAGCGCAUCAGGACAGUUCUGAUGGCCACAGCUCAGAUGAAGGAGCACGAGAGGGACCCGGAGAUGCUGGUGGACCUGCAGUACAGCCUGGCCAAGUCCUACGCCAGCACGCCCGAGCUACGCAAGACCUGGCUGGACAGCAUGGCCCGAAUCCACGUGAAGAAUGGAGACCUGUCAGAGGCGGCUAUGUGCUACGUGCACGUUGCAGCGCUCGUGGCAGAAUACCUGCGGAGAAAAGGCAUGUUCAAGCAGGGCUGCUCAGCUUUCCGUGUGGUGACUCCAAACAUCGAUGAAGAAGCAGCGAUGAUGGAGGACGUCGGCAUGCAGGACGUCCAUUUCAAUGAAGAUGUCCUAAUGGAGCUUCUGGAGGAGUGUGCGGACGGACUGUGGAAAGCCGAGCGUUACGAGCUCAUCUCCGACAUCUACAAGCUUAUAAUUCCCAUUUAUGAGAAGCGCAGAGACUUUGAGAAACUGGCGCACCUGUAUGACACGCUGCAUCGUGCAUACAGCAAAGUAACAGAGGUCAUGCACACUGGCAAGAGGCUACUGGGCACCUAUUUCAGAGUGGCCUUCUUCGGACAGGGCUUCUUUGAGGAUGAAGACGGUAAAGAGUACAUCUACAAAGAGCCCAAAUUCACGCCCCUGGCUGAAACAUCUCAGCGGCUGCUCAAACUCUACUCUGACAAGUUCGGUCAGGAGAACGUAAAGAUGAUUCAGGACUCUGGAAGGAUUAAUCCCAAAGACUUGGAUUCAAAGUAUGCAUACAUCCAAGUGACACACGUGACCCCUUACCUGGAGGAGAAGGAGCUGGUGGACAGGAAGACUGACUUUGAAAAGAGCCACAACAUCCGUCGCUUCGUGUUUGAGAUGCCUUUCACCAUAUCGGGCAAAAAGCAAGGCGGUGUGGAGGAGCAGUGCAAACGCAGGACCAUACUAACCACCACACAUUGCUUCCCAUACGUAAAGAAACGUAUUGCAGUGAUGUAUCAACACCACACUGACCUGAGCCCCAUCGAGGUGGCCAUCGAUGAGAUGAGCAAGAAGGUGGCUGAGAUCGAGCAGCUCUGCUCCUCAAGUGACGUGGACAUGAUCCGCCUGCAGCUCAAACUGCAGGGCAGCAUCAGUGUUCAGGUAAAUGCAGGACCACUCGCAUACGCCCGAGCUUUCCUGGAUGAUGCGAGCGCCAAAAAAAAUCCUGAAAACAAGGUCAAACAGUUGAAAGAGGUCUUCAGGCAUUUUGUGGAGGCGUGUGGCCAUGGCUUAGGCAUUAACGAGCGCCUAAUCAAAGAGGACCAACAGGAGUAUCAUGAUGAGAUGAAAGCCAACUACAGAGACCUUGCCAGAGAGCUGUCCAUCAUCAUGCAUGAGCAAAUCAGUCCUGUGGAGGAUGGCAUGAAGAGCGUUCUUCCAGACUCCCUUCACAUCUUUAACGCUAUCAGUGGCACGCCAACCAGCGCCACCAUCCAGGGCAUCCCCAGCUCUUCCUCUGUGGUGUGAUGCUGAGCUGGGUUACCCUUGACCUCAGCGCCCCCUCCACACCAGACAUGCCUGUGAAUCCAUGUGGUCACUUCUAAACCUGAAUCCUGCUUUUCUUCUCUCGGCUCAAAAAAGGACCCGACAAGGGCACAGACAAAUCCAACUCUUAUCAGUGGACCAUGACCAAGGCACUGGACCUUUCUAAUUAAUACAGUAUGUGUGGAAACUGGAUGUGCUCGGUGUGGCCAAUUUUAUUUUCCUCGACAAACAUUGAGGUUGAGGCAAGAGCCCUGAGGCGGCUGAGCAGGAAACCCCGCGUCAUUGCCACACAUCACAAACCUGUUGUCUCCUUCACAUCAGAACACUGGGCAGUUUUUUCUACAGAGAAAUUCACGUUGGGCUCUUUCAUAUGCAUGUCAUUACAAUACACCCUCUCAACAGCCCAUAGUUUUGUUUAUUUUGAUAAUGUUACACAUUGUGUUUUUUAUGUGCAGUAUUCCACUUUUAUAAGCCACUGUAUUGAUGUCUUGAUGAACAGUAUACGCUGCAUACAUCGAUGCUCAUCCACCUGCACAUGAAGCUCUGUUUCUACCGGUGUGCAAGUUUGAAAAAGGGCCUCCUGUGUUUAGUAUUCAACCUUAAAUCACUACAAUGUCUUAGAGCGGAAGAGUUUUUAAAUAUUUAAAGCCAUUGCAUACAAAAAAAGUAUAUUCCAAGUUGUUAUUAAUGUAUAUAAAAAAAGGAGUGUGUGCAAUAUUUGCAAAGUUUCUUGCUGUGUGGGGCUUAUACACUGUAAAGACAUGUUCACCUUCUUGCCAAAGCAAUGAGGUGUGGAACCAAAAACUUUGCCUACUGUGGGAAGGAUAUGAAGCUUUUACCAUUGGAGUGUUCACAUGUUCAAUAAAUUGUUUUAUAUUUGGGCGACGAUGGUUUUAUAAAGAUUUUAUUUAACACAAAUUCACUGUUCUGCUGUAAACAGAUGUUCCUUUAUGCUUUUCUUUUAAAUAAAAUGCACUCAUUUCUCUGCA